AUGAGGCGGAUGCUCAAGGAGAUCAGCUUUUGGUCCAACAAUGACGACGUUUGCCCAGGAAACUCCAGGAGAGAGUCAUGGCAGGGAGGGAGAGGAGAUUUUGGCCCCAGGGGGCCAUCUAGGAGACUCGGAGAAAAAGGAGGUGGAGGUUUGGUGAGUCCCAGGAUAGUGUAUGAGAAAGAGGGCAUACCUUUAGCGGCAAGGGAGGCUGGAGUAAUGUUGAAGGAUAUUCGUGACCCGCAAGACUGCCACAGAAUUUGGAGUAACAUCAUUCAGGAAGCUACUAGGAAAUCAUUGACAUGGAGCUACUGGAUGCUGCCCCAACAUAUACAGCAAUGCAUUGUGCACCUAAGGUUGUACCCGAAAGGUUACAAGUUUGACAUUACUACUUUGGUUCUUUCAUGGAUGGCAGUUGAUGUUAUCAUUCACCAAGAGAGAAGUGAAAACCUCAAGGCCAAGGGGCGAGAGUUCUUCAGUGAAAACCUUGAGGCCAAGGGACUUGAUCAUGAUGUUCUUGAGGCCAUUUUAAAGAAGAUGAAGAGGCUGCGGGUGUUGUGUUUGCCAUCCUGUGUUAUAAACAAGUUGCCUGAUUUAGUUGGUGUGUCAAAGCAUUUGCGUUUCCUAGAUCUCAUGAACUCCUCAGAGUUCAAUGUCAAGAAGAUGAAAAUGCACAAUUUAGGCCAGCUCAAAAACAUGGACAAUCUUAAAGGGGGACUUCAUAUAAAAAAUAUGGAGGCUGUAGGCCAUGCCAAUGAGGCUGAGGAAGUAAUGUUAAAAAGAAAAACUCAGCUCAGAGAAUUUGUUCUUGAAUGGUCCAAUACUCAAACAGCUGCUGUUCCAGAGCAUGUAUUUGAAAGGCUGGAACCUCAUGAUCAAAUUACUAAGCUGACAGUCAGAGGCUAUGGCGGUGCCCAAUCUCCUAGUUGGAUGUGGAAACAAAACUGCAAACUAGAAACCCUGAAACUAGUGUUGUCUGGCUGUGGUAUUGAAAACUCCGCUCCGGCCAGAUGUCUCCAAAACCUCACUUCCCUAACUCAUCUGGAGUUAUCAGAAUGCGCGAGCAUAACUUUUCUCCCUUCGGAGGAGGUGAUGAGGCGCUUGAGAUCACUUGAAAGUGUGAUUCUUUGCGGUUGUGUUAAUUUGGAGUCUGUUGGGGGUUUACAAGUCCUAGCACCAACUGAUGGCUCCGGGCCUCUUGAAACCUUGCAAUCUAGGAUUGCCAAAGACUUCAAGAUCAUUUGCAUCAUGAUCUCGAACUUCUCAUGCAGAUCCAAGUCUGAUCAUGUUAUUCUGGCCAAGAAUCUGGUGUUAUUGCCGAGGAAUGACAAGCCCAAAGAAGGAACUGGAGAAGCUGUUGACAUAUAA